GGAAACUGGUGGUUAGUUCUGCUCAGUCAGAAGAGACACGGAGAGACAAACCUACAGGAUAAAACCUGCCUGAAAGAAGACAGAACCCAGGACACUGGUUAUACUGGUUAUACUGGUUAUACUGGGAAUACCACCACUUUAACCAGCUCCACUCUGAGACAAAAUGGCGUCCAAGUUAGAGGAGGAUCUGAGCUGUCCGGUCUGCCUGGACAUCUUCAAAGAUCCCGUCAUCCUGUCCUGCUGCCACAGCUUCUGUAGAGCGUGUGUGGAGAACUGCUGGAAGAAGAAGGAGGACAAGGAGUGUCCUGUUUGUAAGAGGAGACACUCAGAGGGAAUAAUGACGAACUUUGCUUUAAAGAAUCUGUGUGAAACUUUUCUACAGGAGAGAGAUCAGAGAUCUUCAGAGGAUCUCUGCAGUCUGCAUCAGGAGAAACUCAAACUCUUCUGUCUGGACCAUCAGGAGCCUGUGUGUCUCGUCUGCAGAGAUUCAGAAAAACACUCCAACCACAGAUUCAGACCCAUCGAUGAAGCUGCUCAACAACACAAGAAGAAACUUGAGGAAACUCUGCAGCCCUUAAAGGAGAAGUUAACAGUUUGUGAAAAAGCUAAAGUGAAGUUUGAUCAAACUCUGGACCACAUGGAGGUCCAGGCCCGACACACAGAGAGGCAGAUUAAGGAGCAGUUUAAGAAGCUUCACCAGUUUCUAGCAGAGGAAGAGGAGGCCAGGCUGCGUGCACUGAGGGAGGAAGAGGAGCAGAAGAGACAGAGGAUGAAGGAGCAGAUGGAGGCUCUGAGAGCACAGAUAGCAGAUCUUUCACACACAGUCAGAGCCACAGAGGACCAGCUGACGGCCCAAGACGUCUCCUUCCUGAAAAACUACAAGGCUGCAGUGGAAAGAGUCCAGCAGCGCCCCCUGCUGGAGGAUCCACAGCUGCCCUCAGGAGCUCUGAUAGACCAGGCCAAACACCUGGGCAACCUGGGCUUCAACAUCUGGACCAAGAUGAAGGACCUGGUCUCCUAUACGCCCGUCAUUCUGGACCCAAACACUGCUCAUACAGACCUCAUCCUGUCUGAUGAUCUGACCGCUGUGAGAGGAGGAAAGAGACAGCAGCUUCCUGAUAAUCCAGAGAGGUUUGAUCAUUACUGGUCCGUCCUGGGCUCUGAGGGCUUUAACUCAGGGACUCACAGCUGGGACGUCCAGGUUGGAGACAGUAAAGGCUGGUUAGUGGGAGUGUUAGCAGAGUCUGGACAGAGGAAGGGAAAGAAAGAGUCUGGAAUAUGUGGAAUAGUGUUAGAUGAUGGUAAAUACACAGCAGGCUCAUCAUUACAUGGAAGAACUUUUCUCUCAGUGAAGAAUCCUCCAAAGAGGAUCAGAGUGAAUCUGGACUGUAACAGAGGAGAGCUGAGGUUCUCUGACCCUGAUACUAACACACACAUCUAUACCUUUAAACACACUUUUACUGAGACCAUGUUUCCACUCAUUUAUACUGUGCAGAAUAUAAAGGUUUUACCAGAGAAGAUCUCUGUGACUGUGGAACCAAACUAGAACCUGAUGAUGAAGAUCUCUGUGACUGUGGAACCAAACUAAAACCUGAUGAUGAAGAUCUCUGUGACUGUGGAACCAAACUAAAACCUGAUGAUGAAGAUCUCUGUGACUGUGGAACCAAACUCAAACCUGAUGAUGAAGAACAUCAGUCAGGUUAUUUCCAGAUGUUCUGGUUUUAAUCUCAGCCUGUGAGGAAGGUCACUGUGUUGUCCUGAUGUGGCUGCUUGUCGUUAACACAGAGCUGAGAUCAACAGAACCAAAAAUCAUCAGAUCUAAUCUAAAAGAACUUCCUGUCAUUUUUCUCUGUUUGCUUUAAAGCUGAAAAUAAAACAGAGAAGAAGCUUUGACUGUUCAACAAAUCACAUUUAUUCCUUUCAUGUCAUUUUCUUCUGCUUUUUAUUUGCUGACUUACUCUCUGUUUAACUUGAACCUUUAAAUAUGAAUCAGUCUGAAUGGACAGCUUUGAAUAAAGUGACUUCUUUCAUUUAAAGGAUCAGAGAAAUAAUUGUUUUUAUUCAUACAGUUGGUUUGUAGUUUACAUCUUUUAGUCUGACUUAUUAACGUGUCUUUAAUCUUCUGUUUUCUAUAUAAAUGCAGUCUAAUUAUUAUCAGGAUAUUUUGAGUCUGUUAAAGUCUUUUAUAUUUACUCAGGUGUCUCUGUUAAAUGCUGUGUAAACUUGUCUAAAUUCUCUUUUCUGUGCUUUGUUAAACAUUUAUACUUUCAGUUAUUCUGACAGUAAAAAUCUUCAUUGGGGUUUAGCAGCUUUGUGAUCUCCAGGAAAAUCAAACCCAUAAAAGCAUCUGUCCCUGAGUUUCUUUAUCAAAGUCUGCUCAUCAUUAGUCCUUCAGACAGAAACAAGCACUAAAGAAAAACUCUGACAUCACAUCAUUCUUCUUACUUUGAGUUUGAAAUAAAGAUUAUUCAUAUUAUUCAUAUCAUUAUUAAGGUAAUUUACUGAAACAGAACCAUUAUUAUGAGUGUCCAGCUCUGACUUUUUAAAUGACACACACUUUAUGUAAA